GCUCGAAUCCUCUUUCUCUCUCUCUAAAAUCUUUCUCUCUCUCUAAAAACUGCCCGUGAAACUUUCGGCUGGCUGGAUGGCUUAAACGGGCUCUGAUGGCGAUACCCGCUUUUGUUUCGGGCACUAUAAAAUGCAAGAAGUCAAGAAUACAUUGAGAAUUCAGAAGAACUCUCUCCUCUCUCUCUCUCUCUCUCUGUCUGUGCAUAUAUAAGAGUGGGGGGUCUUUCACUGUGAGAGGAGGAUUCGGUCAUUAACCUCUUCCAGUUCGGCCACGCCAUGAGCCUAUUCGGUCUGGGCAGGAAUCAGAAGACGUUCCGCCCCAAAAAGAGUGCACCAUCGGGUAGUAAGGGUGCACAGCUUCGGAGGCAUAUUGAUGCAACUUUGGGCAGUGGGAACCUGCGGGAAGCAGUACGGCUUCCCCCAGGAGAGGAUCUGAAUGAGUGGCUGGCUGUCAAUACGGUGGACUUCUUCAACCAGGUGAAUCUGCUCUAUGGCACCCUCACUGAAUUCUGCACGCCAGAGAACUGCCCUACAAUGACUGCAGGGCCCAAAUAUGAGUAUAGAUGGGCCGAUGGUGUGCAAAUAAAGAAACCCAUUGAAGUUUCUGCGCCAAAAUAUGUGGAGUAUCUUAUGGACUGGAUUGAAGUUCAGCUUGACGAUGAAUCCAUAUUUCCUCAAAAGCUAGGAACACCUUUUCCCCCCAACUUCAGAGAGGUCGUGAAGACAAUAUUCAAACGCCUGUUUCGUGUGUAUGCACACAUAUAUCACUCUCACUUUCAGAAGAUUGUGAGCCUAAAGGAAGAAGCCCAUCUCAAUACUUGCUUCAAGCAUUUCAUUCUGUUUACAUAUGAAUUUGGUUUGAUUGAUAAGAAGGAACUUGCUCCACUACAUGAGCUGAUUGAUUCCAUUAUAAUUUCAUAUUAGGGUAAUAAAAGUUGGGCCUUCAUAGAAUUCAGCAUUGAAAUCAGGUCUGUGCUUCUGCUAAUUGUCCUUAGUGUAUCUUAAAACUGUUUUCCAUUACAUAUCAAACAAUGCUAUUCGUAGAAUGUAUAAAAAUAAUAAGAGGGAAAGUUAUUGUUAAUUAAAUAUUGUGGAGCUAUAACAUGCGUAGCAACACACCAGUCAUAUGUCCAUGAGCAUCUGGAGAAAAUAUAUAUGGAGACUUUCGUUGCAUGCAUACCUGCAUACGUUCAUGGAUUCUUGCUAACAAUCCGAAAUGGCACUUCCUUGUAAUAGUUGGUAUCUCUCUCAUGCAAAGGGGAUAUCUUCAUGAGCAUGAGUAUAUGCAACAUAUGCCGUGAUGACUUUGUAUUUCUCUAAUUUUAGAAGAAUGACUACCUUGAUCA